AUGGAUGCUAAACCUAAUACUCCCUUCGUCAGCCUUGACGUAAAUACAUAUGGAAGUUUAGAAAACGUGAGGAAACCACGUAUUGCUAUUAUUGGAGCUGGUGUAUCUGGUUUGGCGGCUAUUAAACAAUGUCUUGCUGACGACUUGGAUCCGGUGUGUUUUGAACAAGAUUCGGCUAUUGGUGGGCAAUGGAGAUAUGUAGAAGUUGACGAAAAAAAUCCUGAUCCACAUUCGUCAAUGUAUAAAUCUGCAAUUACGAAUACGAGUCGGAUUGCGACAUGUUUCUCUGAUUUCCCAAUUCCAAAUAAUUGGCCGACCUAUUUGCCGCAUAAACUGAUACGACAAUACUUGGAAUCGUACGCUGAAAACUUUGAUCUUUACCCGUACAUCAAUCUGAACACCAAAGUCAUCAAAGUUUCUCAAUUAUCUAAUAAUUGCUGGAAAGUCAAAUAUCAAAAACUACAGCAAUCAAAUGAAACAAUCACAACUUCAAAUACAGAUUCAGAUAUGAAUGAAGAAGAAUUCGAUUAUGUAAUAAUAUGCACGGGCAAAGAUAGUGCUGGUUGGAUUCCUAAUUAUAAUGGAAGAGAUACUUUUGGCGGGAAACAGAUGCAUUCACAUCUUUAUCGAACACCGAAACCUUUUGAGAAUAAACGUAUCGUAGUUGUCGGUGUUGGAAAUAGUGGAGUAGAAAUAGCCUGUGAGUUGUCAAAUUUUACAUCACAAGUGUAUUUGUGUUCAAGAGAUGGAUGCAUGCCAUGGAUUUUACCUCGCCGACUUCUACACGGUCAACCAGCUGACCACACAUUAAAACGCAUAAACUCCUAUUUUCCAGUCAAAAUACAAAACUAUAUGUUCGAAUCCAUCAUAAACAAAAUAUCCGGUCAACCCCCACCUGAAUUAAGACCAAGAACUUCAUUCUUCUCAUCAAUAUGCGUUUUGUGCUCUGAAUUUCCGGAACGACUAGAUACCGGCACAAUCGUCCUGAAAACAAACAUCCGUGAAUUGAAGCCAAAUCGCGAAAUAGAAUUGAUAGAUGGCACUACUUUGACGGAUAUUGACGUGGUGAUUUAUGCGACUGGGUAUUCGUUGGAGCUUCCGUUUUUGGAGAAUUGGAGGCAAAUUCUCUAUGGUGGCAUAGAUUUCUCAGAGGAUGUUCAAGGAUCGGAUAGUGAGAAUUGGCAUACGACGUGGUUGUAUAAAAUGAUUUUUCCGCCUCGGUAUCAGAAUAUUGCGUUUAUUGGGGCGAUUUAUCCCUUUGGUUCAUACUUACCAACAAGCGAGAUGCAAGCAAGGUAUAUAACGGGAUUAAUCAAAGGCGAAAUAAAAAGUUUACCAUCACCUGAAGAAAUGGAUAAAGCAAUAUCCUCAUGUACCGAUUGUCCACGCAGAGAAAACUCGAAAUAUCCUUCGAUCCGAGCACCACUUAUACCAUAUCUUGAUUGUCUGGCAAAAGAUAUUGGAUGUUUACCCACUCCCAUAAAAGUUUGGUGGAAUUUCGGAUAUAAAGCCUGGAAAAAUGUUUUAUUUGGUGUGCCAACCAGUGUUCAAUAUCGGUUGUUUGGAAGACAGACGUGGGCAGGAGCUCUUGAAUGGCUUGAUGUUCACAAUGGAGGGAAAUUCACAACUUUUGAUUAA